AUUGGCUGCCGUCGCCCGCUGCCCCGAUGGGCGGGGAAGCUUGGGGAGCUGAACGCGUCGGUGUUUCGGAGAGCGGCGAGUCGGUUCUUGGCCUGGCGCUUCCCAGCACCCUCGCUCCUCGCUUCUGCUCAGGGAAAAAAUAAAAAAUGGAAGGCCUGCCCGAUGCUGCUGCUUUUGCAACUAAACUUAAAAACACUCUCAUCCAGUACCAUAGCAUUGAAGAUGAUAAGUGGCGUGUUGCAAAGAAAACGAGAAAUGUGACGAUUUGGAGAAAACCUUCAGAAGAAUUUAAUGGAUAUCUUUUCAAAGCCCAAGGUAUUAUAGAUGGUGUUGUUAAUGAUAUAAUGGACCAUAUACGCCCAGGUCCCUGUCGCUUGGAUUGGGACAGCUUAAUGACUUCAUUGGACAUUUUGGAGAACUUUGAAGAGAAUUGCUGUGUGAUGCGUUACACUACUGCUGGUCAGCUUUGGAAUAUCAUUUCCCCAAGAGAGUUUGUUGAUUUCUCCUACACUGUGGACUAUAAUGGAGGGCUUUUAUCUUGUGGGGUCAGCCUUGACUGGAGUGAGAAGAGAGCAGAAUUUGUUCGUGGAUAUAACCAUCCCUGCGGUUGGUUUUGUGUUCCACUUAAAGACAAUACAAACCAGAGUCUUUUGACAGGCUAUAUUCAGACGGAUCUGCGUGGGAUGAUUCCUCAGUCUGCAGUAGAUACAGCCAUGGCAAGCACUUUAAUCAACUUCUAUGGUGAUUUACAAAAAGCCUUAUGAAAGGCAUAAGACGUUUAAACUUGUAGUACUAUGACCCUCUGAAUCAAUUCCUUUCAGUUCCAUGGCCUGUAAAAAUCAUCACCCUUUUCUCUCCUCUGUAUAGCUUGUAGAAAAAUUUGAGAUAUUUUUGUGUUAUUUUAUUCCUAAAGUAAAUAGCUGUCUAAGAGAGGGCAUUGUAGUUUUUUUAAAUAGUUAUUUGCACCUUGUUUGGUAUGGCAGUCUGUGUGUCAUGAAUGGAGAGCAUGACAGAAAUCCACCUUGAAGUAGAUAACAAUUCUUUGACUCAAACUCUUAAGAAAAUGAAUAGUGCCUCAGUAUGAAUUUUUUGGCUGCUUUGAAUUUAGAGAGAGCACAAGCUUUAUGCCGUCAGGUUAAAAUAAUCUAUUUUAAAGCUUUAUGGACAUUUUGUAAAAGUUCUAAUUUUUUUUUAAAGUUAAAUAUUAGUGCUUUAGUUUUGGCAUGCUCUAUGAGUUUGCCAAUAUCUUGGACUAAAGAAAAUGCUCUUUAUAUUUUAUAAAUAUGAACUUCAUUAUCAACUGACUUGCACUGCUUUAAGUAUUGAAAAGAUCAGAAAUAAAUGGGUAGAUAUUAUAGUAACUAUAGAAUCAAAUCAAAAGCAUUUCAAUUUUGAUUCCUAGAUAGCAUUAUUUUGUGAAUAUCUUUAAAAAUAUGAUUGUUUUUUAUGUGCAUUUAUUUUGGGAGUCUUAAAACAUUUACGCAUGAAACAGUACAAAAACUGCCAUCUAUGUGAUGGGAUACACCAUUGAUUAAACAGUAGUCUGAGUUUUGUGAAGUGGCUGGUGGUAUCCUGUAUUUAGCAACAGGGAAUCAUCUAGGUCAAAUUCAGUGAAUGUUCUGUACAUGUUCCAGUUUUAAAAGUAUCACUCAACUAUAAAAUAUUACUACUUCACAAACAUUCAUAAUUGUGAUGAAACUUUUGUCUGGAACUAUAACAAAUGCAUUCAGAGAGUCAUUUUGUAACUAGAAUGAACAAUAAUAAUUGGUCCCUCGAUUCUAUGGCUGCCUUAAAGGAACAUUCUACAUGAUUUUAAUAUCCCAAAUGACUCUGGCUUUUGAACUGUCCACCUAGUUUACUUCUAAAAUAAGAACUUGAGGCAUCUCAAUGUGUCCAGGCAAUCCUUUUUGUGUGUGUGUGGUUAAUACAGGCAAAUUUUUGCGUGUAUCUGUUUGUGUACAUGCACACAUCUUGAAAUCCAUUUCAGUGUUCAGUGUGAGUUCUUUCUGCAUUAUUAUCAUUUUAUUUCCUUUUUGUGUGUGUGGUUAAUAUGGGGUAAAGUGAACUCUGGAAAUUCAUGCCAGAUAGACUACAAAAAGCACAAGAGCAUAUGGUGGUUCAGGUGCAUGAAGGUUUGAUCUGUGUUUCACUUUACUGUGUUUACCUGAGUGUAAAGAAAGCCUAGAUCCUCAGACCCAUUUUGAUAACGUGAAAAAAGUUGA